AUGAUAAAAUCCUUUGGUUAUUUAUUAUGUGGAGCUGUUAUGAUUCCUUCAAUUACGUAUGUCAAACUUUAAAACUAGAUUGGCAGGCUCUACUGUAUACCUUUAUCCUGAAUUUCGAACAAAUCCAACAUAGUUUUGGCUUGCAUUUUAAAGAGUUUAUAGAGUUGUAAAAGCUGGUACUAAUAUGGCUUUAGCAUAUUUAACAAAGCCAGAUUAAGCAAUCGAUGAUAAGCAUUAUUAUGGUGCUCUUUAGCUUAGAUCUGCUUUCUAGUAAAAUAAAGGCUUAUAUAUCAAAUUUGGUUAGAUUUUAGGAUCAGUAAUUCAUUAUAAUAUUUUUAAGCUUGAUAUAAUCAUACCAGAGCCAUAUAGAGCAACAUUUGAAGUUAUGUGCACUUAGAAUAUUGAAACACCCUAUGAAGAUAUUGAAAAAUAAAUAUAGCAUUCAACAGGAAAAAAAGUUGAAGAAUUAUUUGAAUCUUUCAAUAAAAAACCUAUUUCAUCAGCAUCUAUAGCUUAAGUCCAUUAAGCCUUUUUAAAAGAUGGUAGAGAAGUUGCUGUUAAAAUUUAACAUCCAUGGUUAAAAGAAUAAAUAGAUGGUGAUGUGAAAUUAAUUAGUUUAUUUACAGAUGUGGCAGAAUUUAUAUUUAAAGGAUUUAAAUAUAAAUGGCUGGCUGAAGAAUUAUAAGUUAAUUUACCAAAAGAACUUGAUUUUCAUGGAGAAAUCAAUAAUGCUAAAAAAAUUAAAGAAAUUCUUAAACCUUUUCCAGAUAUUUAUAUUCCUAAAGUUUAUGAAGAACAUUGCAAUGAUAGAAUUAUUGUAAUGGAAUUUAUACAUGGUACUCCUCUCUCUGAUAUAUUAAGAGAAAAAGAAAAACAUGCUUUCGAUUAUCCAAAAAUUGCACAUACCAUUUCAAUGGCAUUUGCUCAUUAGAUAUUUAAACAUGGAUAUGUUCAUUCAGAUCCGCAUAAAGGAAAUAUUAUGGUUAGAAAAUUUAAUGGAAAAUAAUAAGUAGUUUUGUUAGAUCAUGGACUUUACACAACUUUAACAGAAAAAACAAGACUUAGCUAUUCAUUAUUAUGGCAAGGAAUUUUAGAAAUGAAUUUAGAUUAUAUUAAAUAGGCUACUACUGAUUUAGGAGCUGCUUAAAAUUAUAAAUUAUUUGCUUCUAUGGUCACUAGUAAAAGAUUUUCGGAUUUAAUGAAUACAUCUAUGAAUAUGUAAGAUAGAUUAAAAAGACCCAAAGAUUAAGAUGAAAUUGCUAUCUUGGUUUAAAAAGCUGCUAAAAAACAUAAACAAAUCACAAUUAUUUUAAAUCAAAUUGAUAGGUAAAUGUUUUAUUUUUAAUUUAGAAAACUUUUGAUGUUAUUCAAAAUCAAUGAUUUUCUUAAAAAUAUUGAAUUUAGAUUAGGAAAUCCAAUUGAUAGCUGUUAAAUUACAUACAAAUAUGUAUCCUUAGUGAAUUAUGAAGAUAAAAUUAAAAAGCAAAAUAUACUUAAAAGAUUGAUAUAUAAAAUUAGACUAUUAUUGCAUAAAGCCAAAUUUGAAAUUUUAAGUAUUGUAAUGAGUAUUAUUAUGUGA